CUGUAUGUACUUCAAUUGGGCUACAUUUCAGAGGGAACUCCAUCACCUUCAGUCACUAUUACACAGACAAUAAUUGUACAUAGAGAAAGAUCUCACUUAUUGCGUGAUAGAUGAAAAUAACCAAUAAUAAAAUAUAGGAGGAACCCUCACGACCCUAGUGAGGAUAAGUGGUAGUAGAAGAUGAGAUGAGAUAGACUGAGUAAAUGAAACCAUAGUGAUGAUUCACCACACAUCAGUGCAUCCGUAACAGUCUAACAUGGUGUUAUAAUGCUACUACUGCUACUACUACUACUACUAAGAGGAAGAAGAGAAGAACAAACUCACAGGAGUGAUUUUUUGUUAAAAGUGUACUUGCUAUAUUUCAUUGCCCUUUGCCUAACCAACUGUGUUAUGCAUUAUAACAGUCAGUUGGAGGGAUACAAAUGAAAAAUAUAAUCUAAUAGCUUACAUGUUCGGUAUCAGUACUGAAUGUUCUGGAGGGUUCAGGUGCUGCUUGACAGAAAGAAAUAAUUUGUAUAGGCGUAUGAGUCAAUAAAGAUAUUUACAAUGUAUAAUAUGAUAAUAUAGUAUAAUAUUUGCCACGUGAGACUUUGUUUUAAUGUUUUUAUUUUCCCGUGACUUCGAAGGAGAACUUUCAGCUCCUGUGACCAGUAAGUUCUUUCCACCCUUUGGGUUUACGCACACCCACGGAACGCUUGCAUCUGUUACAUGCUUCACACCUUCCUUCCUUCUUUCCUUCUUUCCUGCCUCCCUUCUUUCACACCUUCUUUCCUUUCUUCCUUCCCGUGUGGGACGCUCAGGGAAUUAGCCGCCCUGGGCGCGCGCAAUAAGCCAGGGGUUUCGGGAACGCGCGCGGAUUGUCCACCAUCUCAGCCCCUCAGGGUGUGCAAAUCGCGCGUCUUAUCAUUCAUCUCCAUAGCGAAGAACUGAUCCUCCGAGAGCACCGAGGCAUGAAACGGAAAAGAACGUGUGCCCUUCACCACAGCAAUGAGUGAGUCUUCGUCCUUUCACUCUGUGAAGCUUGUUUCGUUGGCCCAAUCACUGUCCGGGCUUGGACUCGAUGCCGCCAAUGGAGCGCCCGUCACUCCCCCCGACAAUGACGAGCCUCCACCUCCGGAGUCUGGCAUCGAUCUAGGCCCUGGCCUUUAUUUUGCUGAUGGCAAGAAAAAAGUGGACUACGUACUCUGCUACAAAAAAAGGCAGCCAUCUAAGCCACGCCUUUCCAUAGUAUCCAACGGGGGUUUGCCAAUAUCGAUACCAUGCCGAUUGGACACAGAUACAGAGUUUGGAGAGGUAGGUCCACCUGUGGUAGAACCGGAGGAGUCGAAACUGUCUGAGGAGGAAAAGGCUUUAAUGAGGGAGGAGUUUGAAGCGGGACUACUGGAGGCUGGACUACAGAUUGAGCGUGACAAAGAGAGGUCAACUGGCAUAGGGUUUAUUCGACUGCACAUCCCAUGGCCAAUACUCAGCCGAGAAGCAGAGCUGCAGAAGAUCAAAGUUGCAGUAAAAAAGAAAUGCGAACUGAGGAAACGGACUGGCGUGGCCGGGAUGUUUGACUCCAUUGUCGCCAAAGUCAACACACCGUUUAAACCAGACGUCCCUGACUUUGACAUCCACAAAGACUCGCAGACACACGUCCAUUUCAAAACCCUCAAGCACCCUUUUAUCAGAGAUAAGCUCCACUUAUAUGACAUCAAGUCAACAGAGACCUUAUUUGACAAUGCGACACGAAGCAGAAUAGUUGCUGAGAUUAUUUCACGUGUCACCUGCAGUCACACUUGCCAAACAACUGGCAUCAACUCAUUACUGGCUCGGGGUGUCUAUGAAUCUGCCUUCCCUCUGCAUGAUGGGUCGUUCACAAGGAGAGGAAGGAAAGAUCAACGAAAUGACAGACAGGUCCUUCAUGAAGAAUGGGCCAACUAUGGAGUCAUGCAUAAAUACCAGCCUGUGGACCUGAUCAGGAAAUACUUUGGAGAGCAGAUCGGGUUGUACUUUGCCUGGCUGGGUGUUUAUACUCAGCUCCUCAUCCCUCCCUCUGUUCUGGGCAUCAUCGUCUUCCUGUACGGCAUAUUUACUGUGGAUACCAAUGUGCCAAGUCGGGAGACAUGUGAUAACAACCUGAACAUCACCAUGUGUCCGCUGUGUGAUGGCGUGUGUGACUAUUGGCACCUGAGCACGGUGUGCUCACUGGCCCGAGCUUCGUACCUGUUUGACAAUGGAGCCACCGUCUUCUUUGCUAUUUUCAUGUCUCUGUGGGCUGCUUGUUUUCUGGAGCACUGGAAAAGACGACAGAUGUGUCUGAAACAUUCCUGGGACCUGACAAGUUUGGAGGAUGAGGAGGAACGAGUUCAGGAGGAUCUGAGGCCUGAAUAUGAAGAGGCUCUACAAGAGAAAAAAGAUAAGAUAAAAGCACAGUCUAAAAAGAAGCGGACUCAGGCUGGAGAUGGUGCAGAUGGAGAAACAGACCAGAUGCUGUCCUCCCAGCAAGAGCCUGAGUCACUGGACAUUGAGGAUCACCUGUCAGGUUAUCUCAUCAACAUAUCCACCCUUCUACUACUGAUCUUCGUGACCUUCUCAGCAGUGUUCGGGGUGGCAAUGUACCGUAUCUGCAUGUUAAGUGUUUGGUCCAUGAACCCGGAUCCUGAAGCCAAGGCCAGCGUGAGGAUGACAGUCACCACCACAGGCAUCAUCCUCAACAUGUUGGUGGUUCUGGUGUUGGAAGAGGUGUAUGGAGCAAUCGCUGUGUGGCUGACUGAGCUUGAACUUCCUAAGACAAAAGAAGAAUUUGAAGAGAGGCUAAUCUUCAAGUCUUUCUUUCUGAAAUCCAUGAACGCCUUUGCACCUAUUUUCUAUGUGGCCUUCUUCAAGGGCAGGUUUGCUGGGCGGCCUGGCGAUUAUGUCUACAUCUUUGGAGACUAUCGCAUGGAGGAGUGUGCUCCCCCAGGCUGCCUCAUCGAGCUGUGCAUCCAGCUCAGCAUGAUCAUGCUCGGAAAACAGCUCAUCCAAAACAACGUGUUUGAAGUUCUCAUUCCUAAGCUGAAAAAGAUGUACCGAACAAUACAGGAAGAAAAAGGAAAGAAAAGAGCAGCCGAAGAUGAAGCGAACUCAGCAGAAGAGAAGAGACCAAAGCAGCAGUUUGACAAAGAUUUCACCCUUGAACCCUUUGAAGGCGUCAGUCCAGAGUACAUGGAAAUGAUUAUCCAGUAUGGGUUUGUUUCUCUGUUCGUGGCCUCCUUUCCACUGGCACCAGCGUUUGCUCUGCUCAACAAUGUCAUUGAGAUCCGCCUCGACGCUGCUAAAUUUGUCACUGAAAUCCGGCGACCUGAUGCCGUGAGAUGUAAAGACAUAGGGAUUUGGUACAACAUUCUCUGUGGAAUCAGCAAGUUCUCUGUCAUUACCAAUGCGUUCGUCAUCUCCUUCACAUCAGAAUUCAUUCCACGAAUGGUUUACCAGUACAUGUACAGUGUAAAUGGCACCAUGAGUGGCUACACAGAGCACUCACUGUCCUACUUUAAUGUCAGCAACUUUGCUGCUGGCACAGCGCCCACCACCACCCUCUUCACCGGAGUCUCAAUGUGCAGAUAUAAGGACUACAGAGAUCCACCGUGGGCCCCAGAUCCUUACACCUUCUCCAAACAGUAUUGGUCCGUCCUGGCUGCAAAACUGGCCUUUGUAAUAUUCUUCCAGAAUCUUGCCAUGUUCCUCAGCAUGUUGGUGGCCUGGAUGAUUCCCGAUGUACCACGGUCCCUGCGGGAGCAGCUGAAGAAAGAAAACAUGAUGUUGAUGGAGUUUCUGCUGAAUCAAGAUCAAGAAGCACGUGCCAAAGGUCGCUCCUCAAAACUCUCAAACCCCUGCUUCCCCUCCACCAUAAGCAUCGUAGUGGAGGCACCAGAAGAAGAACCCGAAGAGGUCCUAAUGGCGAAGGAGCAGGAAGAAGGUGAAGUGGGAGUUGAGAUGAAUUUUGAUGAGCGCAGAAGGGCUGAGGACAGCUGUCCAGAUGUCGGGAAGUCAUUUGAAGAAGUUGCAGAAAUUGGAUACGAACGGUGGGGAGAUGAAGAUAAAGAUGAGGGUGGAGAGGUAGGGGGGAACGAAAACAAAGAAGAUGGAGAUGUAAAGGAAGAUAAUGGAAAGGAGACUAAUCAGCAAGAGGGAGGAGAAGGAGAAGAGCAGGAUGGACAGAAAAAGGAAGAAGAAGAUGAGCAUGAAACAAAGGCAGCUGAGAAGGAGAAUUUUAAUACAGAUCUGGACUACUUCAUGACCGAACUGGGCCUGUUAGAUGAAGGACCCUCGUCAAGCACAGAUAGAGAUACUGAGCUUCCACGCUCAAGCUCUAAAGAAAGCCAGAAAGACAAGGAACCUGUGUCACGUCCGUCCUCUAACAGAGGUUCAUCCCUGAGUCUGAAGGCUUCCAGUUCCAGGCCAGACAUUGCGAGAUCAGAUACUAAAACCGGGCUAUUCUCGCUAAUUGCUCCCCCUCCCAGAGAGCCAGGCUCGAGGGCCAAGUCCCGGUGCUCCACCCUGCCUUCCCGCCACACUGGGGCUUGUUACAGCCUGCCACGGCCCAGCCACUCCACCAGCCUCACAAGGUUCCAGCAGCAGGCCACGCUCACUCCUCUGGUUCCUCUGGGCUCUUCAUCCAACCCAUUAUCUCCUCCGCACACCUCACCCUCACCAUCAUCUCCGCAGCCCCCAUUGGCCCAACAGCCCACAGCCCCAAGAGAACAGUUUAUGCUCAAAGGCCCUCCACCUCAAAAGCCAAGCUCCAGGGGCAAAGCUCGGUCCUCCACCCUGCCUCCACGACAAAGAGUACCUGGUUCUGAGGAGCACUCUACAAAGCCUAGCCAUUCAACCAGCUUUACAAAGCUUGGUGACCGCAUCCCCCCUUCGCCCAGUGAACUAAAACGCAACACACCAGUAUGAUGAGAGCUACGAGACAAGGUGACGAGACAGAGGGUGGCAGAGGGAAGGUGGAGAACUAUAAAGAUUAGUCUCUCCUGUCUGUGCCUGGAGCCACGACUCUCCUUCUGUCAUUCCCAUCUGCAUAUAUUACUGGGGUCUGACGAGAGACCAUCCAGAAUAACUGAACCUCCUUUUUAUCUUCUUAAUCUUCACAGAUAUAUUAAUACCGCUCAGUGGUUUAGGGCUGAUCCCAACAAGGGGAGUGCUGGACAGUUCAGACAAAGACUGCUCUGAAACUCCUCUUGCCAUGACCAAUGAAAGCACCAUUGGGACUCUUUCUAUUUCAUUUUUACUUUUUGGUGGUUGUUUGUUUUUGUUGGUUUGUUUUUGCCCACAGCUCAUUAGACUCUGCCCCUCUGUUACUUUCACUUCCAUACAUGCAGCAGUGCUGCCUUGUAGACCAGUGGAAAAAGAAAAUAUGUACAUCACAGCUAUAGUAUCAACCGUUAUGCUUGUAGAGUUACUGUUUAUUAUUAGACGUUUUGAUAUAUAAAAUGUGUAAAAUUCUAAUAAAAGAACCACAUAUUUUUGAUA